CUUAGUAACCGACUUAAGAAACCUCGCCGGUUUUCUUUCUCUUGUUUCGCUCUUCAGUUCUUAUUCACCUCCUCUACAACUUUUCAUAAUGGCCAAGGAAAAAACCACCAAGAAGACCGUCACCAAGAAGCUCUCUCCUUACAACAAGUUCAUGAAGACUGAACUUGCCAAAGUAAAGGAAGCCCAGCCCGGUAUUGCCCACAAGGAGGCUUUCAAGCAGGCUGCUCAAAACUGGAGCAAGUCCUCCGACAACCCCAAGAACAAGGAGGCUGCACCUGCUGAGAAAUAAAUUAUAUAAUAUUAUUAUUUUUUUUUUACACCAAAAAAAAAUAUCAAAAAAUAACAAUGAUUUAGCUUUAUAUAUAUUUUUUUUUUAUUAUUAUUAUUAUUAUUAUUAUUAUCUUUUUAGUCUUUUUUGCCCAUCUUAUUCUUCUCUCUAUUUUACUGUCUGUCUGUCUGUUCAUUGGCCUGUCUUAUAUAUAUAUAUAUAUAUAUAUAUACAUACACGUAAAAGAUACUUAUUUAAUUUAUUUAUUUAUUAAUUAAUUAAUUAAUUAAUUAAAUAUUUAAAUAUUAAAUUUAUGUAAAUGCUG